AUGAUCAAUCGUGAAGAAAAAUUGAGUUACUUCAGACGUCACAUCGAAGUUUCAUUCGUCGCGUCGACAGUUCCAUCAAAGCCUUCAAACGUAUUUCAUCUCAACGAUGAAUGGGUUACAUUUAUAAUACUUGACUCGAAGAGACUGUUGCUGAAGACCAGAGAUGCAUUGGAGAGACUCGAGCGUCUCGAAUACACGUCAUCUUCUUCCUCUUCUUCAAUUUCAUCAUCCGACGGCUUCGUUUCGGGUGCUUCAAAUGAUCAUUCCACUUCAAUUAGACGAGACAUUAGUCAGAUCCAGUCCCUCUGCUCUGACAUGGAUCGCCUAUGGCGUUCAAUCGCCGCCAAAUCCCAACGAGAUCUCUGGAAAAGAAAAGUGGAACAAGUGGCUGAGGAAGCCGACUCACUGAAAGCUAGUCUGGAUAAAUAUGUUUUGAGGCAUCAAAAGCGGAUACAAGAAGCCCAAGAGAGGGCAGAACUACUUGGAAGAGCUAAUGGGGAAUCCUCUCAUGUUUUGAGAAUAUUUGAUGAGGAAGCCCAAGCUAUGCAGUCAGUUCAUAGCUCGUCCAGAAUGCUAGAAGAAACUUAUGCGACUGGUGUGGCCAUUCUUUCAAAGUAUAGUGAGCAAAGGGAUCACUUAAAGAGAGCUCAACGAAAAGCACUGGAUGUCCUUAACACUUUGGGGCUAUCAAACUCUGUAAUGCGGCUCAUUGAGAGGCGAAAUCGUGUUGACCGAUGGAUUAAAUAUGCGGGCAUGGUUCUCACUAUCAUCGUACUUAUUGUCUUUUGGAGGUGGACAAGAUGA